AUGAGCGGAAUUCACCGUUUCCUCACUAGGCGUGAGCGGCAUAGCAGAUAUAGCAAGCAUAUUAAAGAAGAGACCUCAAAUAUCCUCAGUCGCCCUCUUUUUCGUGGGGUUUUCUCUUCUGAUGAUCCCCAGGAGACUGAUAAUGAUGAUCACAAAAAGAUCAAACUACUCGAGCGUCGCGUUGAACAACUUGGGAUUUCGGGCCUUACCCCGGAACAUAUCAGCUAUGCUCUGCGGUCUCCCCACGCACAUGGAGAUCUAGAUAGAGCAUUUGAUCUGCUUCUUCUUCUCCAAGACUCAAUUGAAGGUAUAAUCAGGGGAUAUACCCCGAAGACCAAACUUCUUGGAGCAGAAAAUCGCUCAGGAGUGACCUGCUAUCUCGAUGCUUUGCUUUUUGCGAUGUUUGCUCGACUUGACUGCUUCGAGGCCAUUUUAUACAAAUCCUUCAGCGAUGAGCCUCGUCGCAAACUUGCAGUCCUGCUCAGGCUUUGGGUUAACAUGCUACGAUCAGGAAAGCUCAUCACGGCUGACCUGACAACACAUUUACAAGACGCACUUGCUCAAUGUGGCUGGGAGGAUGCAGCCCAACUUCGUCAGCAAGAUGCCUCAGAGGCAUUCACAUUCAUUACAGGAACACUGGAGCUGCCUCUUCUGACUCUGAAGAUGGACAUUUAUCACACGGGGAAGGAAGAUGAGGCUAGUGAUCACAAGUUUGUCAACGAGAGGUUGUUGGAAGUCGCUAUACCUGAGCCAGUCGAAGGGAAGACUAUAACCCUGGAGGAUUGCUUGGAGUCGUAUUUCAAUAACAGGAUCGAAGUGAAAAGGCAUCUCGAGCGUCGCAAUACUGUGGGCUCCAUGAAAUCAUUCGACUCCACGUCCAAAGGGUUUACAGCGCACGUCGAGGCAAUUGAGCUCAGCCCAACUACUACUUCGCCAACGCCGUCCUCGCCGCGAUUUGGAGAAAUUAAUACCCUGUCAUCAUUUACUGAGUUCAGCGAAUCGGCUUCACCCUCCACGGAGGUACCCCGGCGAAACAGCAUUGUUCAAGAACGGUUUAUCCCUGACUCGAAACACGAUACAAAUGGAGACGGUGGACUUACUCCUACUCCGCAAUCACGGAAAGGUUCUUACCGGAAAGAGGUUAUGAUGCCCGCAUGGCAGUUCUUCAGUUUGAUACCAUGGUACACAGAUAAUUCGCCCACCAAUGACGCUCAAGUUGCAGCACACUUUUCUUCGAGAAGACCUAUUCUUGGGAUGUGUUUGAAACGAUACUCUGUUUUGCCCAACGGAAAAGCAGUCAGGCUCAGUACAUACGUUGAUAUUCCGACGGAAAUUGGAUUGCCUCACUUUAUCCAAGAUGACAGCAUGGACGCGGAUGGGCCAAUAUACGGAAAUUUCAAACUGUCCCUACAAGCGCUGGUCUGCCAUCGAGGAAAUUCUGUAGAAUCGGGUCAUUAUAUCGCGAUUGUUAGGGGUACAAGCGCCGGUGCCUCUCCGGAUGGUUCCAACAGCAAUGAUCAGGACACUUCUGAUUCCUCAAGAUACUGGAUGCGCUUCGAUGACUUGGCAGCGGAGCGUGUCACUUUGGUUGAUAUCGAGCAGGCCCUAAAGCAUGAGUCGCCAUAUCUCUUGUUUUAUCAGAUAUUGCCUGUUCACGAGGAUGCUGCGGAAGCCAAUUUACAAAACAAACCUCCUUCUUCUGACCUGUCGGAGGAUCUUGAGGACUUGGAUGCAGCAGGAAUUACGCGAAAGCUACUCGGGCUCUCGGUAGGCAGUUCUGAUGAUCGCAAUGAGGAGAGCGUGUCUGGUCGGCCGAGUUUUGAAAUCACUGGCCCGGAUAAUGAAGAGCUCGAAACGCCUGGGCGGAAUGAGAGAAAGCAAAGUGUGGCAUUCUCCGAGUCUGUUGAUCCCCCAGGAAGCACUGGAAGCCUUCAAGUCGUCUCGUCGAGCUCACCCAAACUUGUCGCCAAGGACGAUGAUGGAAAGGGUGCUCUUUUUAACUCAAGUCGCGGAUCCAGGGCAAACAGAAGCAACCCUGGGAGUCGUACUGGGAGCCGUGCAGGCAGCCAAACAAGCGAGAGCAGGAUCAGCGCAACCUUUUCGCGAUUCACGGGAAGACGCAGCAGAGACAAACCCUCAAGUGAUGGCCAUUACACAGAAAACGAAGGGGAAGGCGACGACCUUGCCGCAGACAACGAGUUGAGAUCUCAGAGCGGAGAAAGAUCCAUGCCAGCCAGCGACGAGGGCAAAGAAAAAUCUUCCAGAGGACGGACCAAAGACCGUGACAAGGGCAAAGGAAAGUCGAAGGAAAAGUCCCGCGAGAAGACGGCAAAAAGAUUGGAGCGGGAGUGUGUUGUUAUGUGA